AUGAUCGCGCAGGUAAGCAUCACACAUCCUUCUCUGCGCCCUGCUUCCAGCCUCGACAAUUCCUCUGACUCUCCGCCUGCCCCCCACCGCCAGCAACGUCCAUCUCCGGCCAUGUCAGGUUCUUCGUUUUUCUCACAGAUCUCCUCGUUCUUCGGAGCCAGUCCCAACUCCAAUUCGCGGUCCGGCGCACGACACUCGUCUCCCUUCAGCUCGGGCCUUCCGUCCUCGUCACGCCGCGGUCCACCUCAAGCGCUCGACGCCAAUGCGUGGUCGUUGCCUUACAGCAGCCGCAGCAGCAUCCCCGCCUCCCCCGCCUAUCCCACCGAUGCCCCCAACUCGGCCACCGACGGUCACUAUCCGCCGGCCGCUGGCAUCGCACGCGCCUCCUCGCCCUACGCCCACGACCAUCCUCCCAUCUCCACCAGCUCCGUCGCAGAGUUCAGCAACAUGUAUCCGACCGCAUCCACCUCCACCCUCGUCCCCGGCACGGCUGCCAACACCCUCAGCGUCUCGGCCGGUGGUUCGGUGCCCACCACCGCCUAUCCACCCAUGCGCCACACCUGGAAUCGCAUCCGCAAGUGGUGCCGCAAAAACUACCCCGAAAUGUCCGACACGCUCAACUGGCCCUGCACCGAAGACGCGCUCGACGAGCUCGAGAUGACCAUCGGCUACGCGCUUCCCUCCGCCGUGCGCGAGUCCUACCUCGUCUACGACGGCCAGGAGCUCGAGUCCAACCAGUCGUGCCAGGACGGCCUCUUCUUUGGCGCCGCCCUGCUCAGCCUCGAGCAGAUCGCCGAGGAGUGGAAGUUUUGGCGCGCCGUCGACGAGGAUCCCGAGACCGCCGCCAAUCCGCACGUGCGCAACCUCAUGGCCAGCUGCCCGCACAAGUGGAUCCGCCCAGAGUACUCCUGCCGAGGCUGGAUCCCCCUCAUCACCGACCACGCCGGCAACUACAUCGGCAUCGACCUCAGCCCCCAUCCCGCCGGUGCAGGCUCGCCCGGACAGGUCAUCAUCUUUGGCAGAGACUUUGACACCAAGGUCGUCUGCUGGAAGGGCGAGGGCGCCGGAGGCUGGGGCCGCUUCCUUCAGUCCUUUGCCGACGAGCUCGACGCUGGCGAGUUCUGGACGCUCGAGGAGCUCACCAGCGCCAGCGAAGACGAGGAAGACGUCAUCGGCUACCAGAGCUACUUUAGCGGCGGCGGCGCCGGUGCAGGCCAGGGCGGUGGUGACCGCGGAGGCGAGGGCGCUGCCGCCUUCCGACUGCAAGGUCAGUACAAAGGCUGGCCGGUGCUGGAAGCGUGGGCGGACCGAUCGGUGCGUCUGUGGGAGUCGGUCGGACUCGCGCCUGGCAAGCCGGUGGGCAACGCGCAGCAGCCCGCGCAGCCUCAGCCCCAAUCCGUAGUCAACCGGCAGUCGCAGCUCUUUGGCGACGACACGGGCAUCCCGCCUUCGGUGCAGGCCGUCAACGAGAACGGCGAAGCGAUCGAUGCAGAGGGCAGCGGGUCGCAACGCCCCGCCAUCGCCGUCGGCAAGGAGCUGGCCGGACAAGUGUCGGUCGAUGGCCCCGCGCAUCCACUUGCGGAUGCAUCCCUGGCCGGCGACACGAGCGCCGAGGUGCUCAUUGCUCCUGCGGAUUCCACGCUUGCCACUGACGCAACCACAGUUACCGUCGACACGCAGGCCGCCGACGCCAAGGAGGCCGACGGCAGCGUCGAUGUGAAUCUGACGCCCACCAACAGCACGCGACGAGUGUCGGGCAUGCUGUCGCCUCCCUUGCCCGAGACCAAGGCGUCGUUGCGAAAGCAGAAGCAGCGCGAGGAAGGUUGGGGAUCGCCCAUGCUCAAUCAGUCGGUUGCGAUGGGGCAGCAGCCCCGCCGACCCGUGCGACCGGCGCCGGCCCCCGCUGCCACGCUGGAUCUGCCCACGAUCGAAGACGUCAAGGCGAUCCAGGCGGCGGCGCUGGCCGACGACGGCAAGUCGCACAAUGUGCAGUUCGACUCGCAUCCUCAGGCGCGCAGCUCGUUCACCAACCUCGGCUUCCGCGAUCUCGCGGGCAAGAUCGGUGCGCCCGGUAUGGGGCUUGGCGGCGGCAGCAACGGCAAUGCGGUGGGCAGUCCCCAACAGCGCUCCGAGUCGGUCGAGCUCGAAACGAGGAGCAGCGUCGAGAACCGCAGUGCGAACAGCUACAUCGUGGGCCAGCGCGGGCGAGCGCGUGGGCUCGGACUCGAGGCCGGCGAAGAUGAGGCUGCCGCGGAGGCGUUCGGUGCGAUGUCCGUCUCGGCCGCCAAGACGCGCGAGAUGCCGUCGUUGAUCGAUGCCUCUUCGGCGCCCGGUUCGCCUCUGGUCAGGGGUACACCUAAGCUGAGUGAGGCCGAAGUGCCCGCUGCGCUGGCCUGA